AUGAAUAAUAGUGAAGAUAAUUCAUCUGAUUCUAAUGCAGAUGAGUGCAUGCUAGAUUCAAGAGAAUUGUAUGACAAUCAAUAUGAAAUAUCCAAUACUGAACAAUUAACUAAUAGUAACUUAAAUAAUCAAAAUAAUGAAUUACAAAAAACAGACAAUAAUGAACAUAUUGAGGGUAGACAAUCCAAUCAACAUAUCCAAUCAGAGAGUACUUUAAACGAAACAAUAAAUAAUACUGGAGAUGGUUAUGUUGUUAUUGAAUCCAUAGAUGAAGUAAAUAGUGAUAAUGAAACUGAAUUAUAUGAAAUAAAUGUUAGACCUUUACAUGGACGUGAUCUUUCUGUUAGGGCUUCUCCAAAUUCAUCAAUACGUCAAUUAAAAGUAUUAAUUGAGGCUAAAAGUGGAAUAGAAGCUAAUAAUCAGAGGUUAAUAUUUAGAGGACGAUGUAUGCAAGAUGAUGAAGCUAUUUCUACAUAUAUAAAAGAGAGUGGUGUUAUAAUACAUUUAGUCCCAUAUUUAAGACAAUCUAAUAACUCAGAAUCAUCCACUAGUAAUAAUCAAAGUAAUAAUAAUACUAAUACUAAUAAUAUUAACAAUACUAAUAAUAUUAAUAAUACUAAUAACACAAGUACAAAUUUUAUUUCUGGUCUAAAUACUGCUACAUUUAGCCAUUUUCCCGGUGCAAUGAUGUUUGGAGCUGUACGUUUAGAUACUGGGGGUGAUGGUAAUAUUCCUGUAGAAGCUGAAGAUUUUAUGCAACGUAUUUUGAGAAGUUUUGGAGAAGCAGCAGUUGGUUUGAAUGGAGAAGGGGUAAUUUUAGGAUCUCAUACUACUAAUUCAGGAAAUGGGGGGACUAUAACUGGAAAUAUAGCAACAUUAAAUACUACAUCUAAUACAAACCAAGUUCCAAAUUUAAAUAAUAUAUCUACAUUUACUGGACUUAAUAGUUUAGUAAAUAAUCAAGUAGAAUCAGUUUUACCUGGGGGUAAUUCUAGUAGUACUCAUCAAACAAAUACAUCAUCAAGUAACCAUAAUGUAAAUACAUCUAUUAACAAUAAUAUAAGUAAUACUGGAAAUAAUUCAAAUACUGGAACUACUUCAGUUCCUGAUAAUAAUGGAGUAAAUACUCCAAUAGGAAGAAUUGGAUCUAUGGUCUCUAGAUUAUUUCAAGCAUUUAAUAAUCCUAAUAUUAUAUCAACACCUAAUUCUCAAGAUACAAAUAAUAAUCUCAAUACAGGAACAAAUAACUCUACGGUUAAUACAGAUACAACUAAUAUGGCAGGUAUUAAUAAUAAUAGAGUAACUGAAAAUGAAACUACAUCAAAUGAUACAUCAAGGAAUAGGAUAAAUCAAACUUCAAGUAUUAAUUGGGCUCAAUUAGCUCAUGCAUCAGGUUUAACUGGUGCAACAAGAGCAAGUUUUUUACCUUUAGGACGUCCAGGUUUAGCAGUUGCAACUGUUCCUGUUUCUAGUUUAUCUAUUCCAAUAACAAUUAGAGCUACUACUAGUGUUCCAAAUAUACAAUCAAAUGGAACAUCUCAAUCUCAUUCACAAAAUACAACUUUACCUCAUAAUACAAAUACAAUUUCAUCUCAAAAUAUAAAUACAAAUAUAAAUGCAAAUUUAUCUCAAAAUACUCAGAAUAUUCAUAAUGAAGCUUAUAGAAUUGGUUCAUUAAAUUUUUUUUCAAAUAUUUCAAAUAUCUUAGAAAGUUCUGCUAAUCAAUUACAAGUAGUUGCUCAAGCUAUUAAUACAAUGGCUAAUACUGAACCUUCCUAUAAUGGAUCAUCUACAUUACCACCAAUACCAAUAGGAAAUUCAAAUAAUUCUAGUAUCCCAGAUAUUUAUACAAUGUCACCAAAUGAAUAUAUUCAACAUCAUUCUCAUAGACUAUAUAUAUCAAAUGAAAUAAUUCAACGUUAUUUACCUUGGGAUUCUUUAAAUGAGAUUAUGAAUAUACUUGAAGCAGAUUCUGGAUGGCAACGUCCUAGAAUAACAAUACCUCCAUCUUUAAUAGAACCUCCUGAUGUAGGGCCUUUAGCUGUAUUUAUCUCAGUAUAUCUACAAGUACUAGCUAUUAUUCAGGUAAAUUUGAUGCAAAUACAAGCAUGGCAAGAGAGAUUUUCCCGUUUAGAUGUACCAAGAAUAUGUAGAACUGUUCAUUUAUUAGCUUUGAUAUCUCAUGUAUCAGCUCAUCUUGGAGCUUUAUUAGCUUGGUUAUUUCAUAAUAUGGCUCAACAUGUUGAACAAGAUCGCCUUGUUGAAUCUCUUCAAUGGGUACGUACUUCAAAUAAUUCAGAUAUAUUGACAUCUAAUUCUCAGAAUUUCUUAAAGAAUACUGAUUCUAAUCAUGAUAAUAAUCAUCCUGAAAAUUAUAAUAAGAUAGAAGAUUCUGUAUCCUCUAGUCAUCAAGAUAGUAAUUCUAUGAUUAUAGAUCAUAUUAAUGAUAAUUCUAUAAAUCAAAAUCAAAGAAGUCACUUAGUUAGAUCAAAGGAUGAAAUUGAACAAGCAGUAUCAGAUCAAGGAACUCCAAAUGAUAGAGAAGAUAAAAGAGCUAGAAAAAAUAGUGAUAUAGAGGUAUCAUCUGAACAAAGAAUUAUUAAUGAAUUACCUUCAAAUAUACGUGAUUCUUGGAUAUAUUGGACUGAAGAUAUUCAGGAAUUUUCAAAAGAUAUUUUUGAUGAUACAUCUUCUAACCCAUUUAGUAAUGCUUAUAGAAGUGGAGAUCCUUCUUCAAACAAUUCAAUUUCACAGGCUACAUCUCCUAUUCCAAAUAGUUCUAAUUUUGAUGGAGGGUCAUCAGGAAAUACGGUUUCUGUAUUUUCAAGUAAUAUCCCAUCAUCUUCUGAUCUACUUCGAAUGUUAAUUCAUCAAACUGAAUCUAAUCUUAAUCUUGAAAUAUCUGUAUCUGGUAUCCUCCAAGAUUUUGAAAGUUCAUAUCUUUCACUUUUAGUUAAUGAUUUAUUGGAAAGAGUUAGAAGUGAUUCUGAUUUCUUAUGUGAUCAGCAAAGAUUCCCUAAUAUUAAAAGAGUACUUGAAUACUUAGGGAAAUAUCAAUCAAGCAUAUCUAAAUAA